AUGUGCAUGUCCAUCGAAUACCACUUCCCAGCCUGCGGCUGCCUCUUCCGAACCGGCACAUUUACAUGCUGGGCAGCUGCAGGCACGUUCGAUGAAACCUGCAAGCGGUAUAAAGUCGUUAAGCAAGAUUUGAAAUGCUUCGACGUAUGUGAGGAUCAUAAGGAUGAGGUGGAGGCGAAGGCUAAGGAGGAGGAGGCGAAAGCGAAGGCAAAGGCAAAGGAGGAAGCAAAGGCAAAAGAAGAGGUGAAGGCGAAGGACAAGGAGAAUGAGAAGCCUAAGCUGAGGAGGGCGAGGGAGCGCGCGAAAAUUGGGGGUGAGGAGUCAACCAAGGAGAAGAGGGGAACCGGAGUGGAUCGGAAAGAAAACAGGAAGGAGAAUGCACAGGACGAAAGUGAGACUAGACGCUUGUUGGAGGGAACUCGGGAGAGUGACGAGGAGGGAGAGGAUGAUGAGCGCUGGUUAGAAGGUGAGGGUGAGGAACUGUUAGAGAAGAUGAUGAAGGAUUUGCUGCAUUAA